AUGCUACCAUUGCCAUGGCCACUAGGUGGCCAACGGCCAUUCCCAGCUAGCCCUGCUGGCCUGAGACUGCUACCGCUGUCCGGCCCCCAUGGUAGCAUAUUUAAACACUACCAGUGCUUGGCAACUACCAUGCUGCCAAAAGCACCUACCGCUGCUGGCCUAAGUCAGACUACGGCUGCCCGGCCCCAGAGUCAGAGACGUACAGGAGGGUGGCGCAACAGAGACACAAGCCUUGGGGGUGGGGGCAGACAGUUUAGGGAAACGGGCAAUGCUGAAGGAAAAUUUUUUGCUUUACUGCCGGACUUGAAUAGAAACAGACGAUUUCGGUCCUGGAGCAGAAUACACGGCAAUAUUACUCAUACCGGACCAGGAAGUCGUGAUAACUUCAGUGAUUUCCUGAGACGUAGUCGGACAGAGAGUAGAGGUUGGAACGUUUCUGGCAAGGGACCGGAAGAAGGGGAGAGGUCGGAGAGCAAGGGACCGGAAGUAGGGGAGAGGUCGGAAUGCAAGGGAGCGGAAGUAGGGGAGAGGUCAGAAAGCAAGGGACCGGAAGAAGGGGGGAGAUCGGAAUGCAAGGGACCGGAAGUAGGGGAGAGGUCGGAAAGCAAGGGACCGGAAGAAGAGGAGAUAACGGAAAGCAAGGGACCAAAAGUAGGGGAGAGGUCGGAGAGCAAGGGACAGGAAGUAGGGGAGAGGUCGGAAAGCAAGGGACCGGAAGUAGGGGAGAGGUUGGAGGGCAAGGGACAGGAAGCAGAGGAGAGAUCGGAAAGCGGGGGACCGGAAGUAGGGGAGAGGUUGGAGGGCAAGGGACCGGAAGUAGAGGAGAGGUCGGAGGGCAAGGGACAGGUAGUAGGGGAGAGGUUGGAGGGCAAGGGACCGGAAGUAGAGGAGAGGUCGGAGGGCAAGGGACAGGAAGUAGGGGAGGGGUCGGAGGGCAAGGGAAAGGAAGUAGGGGAGAGGUUGGAGGGCAAGGGAAAGGUAGUAGGGGAGAGGUCGGAGGGCAAGGGACCGGAAGUAGUGGAGAGGUUGGAGGGCAAGGGAAAGGAAGUAGGGGAGAGGUUGGAGAGCAUGGGACCGGAAGUAGGGGAGAGAUCAGAGGGCAAGGGACAGGAAGUAGGGGAGAGGUCGGAGGGCAAGGGACAGGAAGUAGGGGAGAGGUCGGAAAGCAAGGGACCGGAAGUAGGGGAGGGGUUGGAGGGCAAGGGACAGGAAGCAGAGAAGAGAUCGGAAAGCAAGGGGCCGGAAGAAGAGGAGAGGUUGGAGAGCAUGGGACCGGAAGUAGGGGAGAUGUCGGAAAGCGAGGGACCGGAAGUAGGGGAGAGGUUGGAGGGCAAGGGAAAGGAAGUAGGGGAGAGGUUGGAGGGCAAGGGACCGGAAGUAGGGGAGAGGUUGGAAGGCAAGGGACAGGAAGUAGGGGAGAGGUUGGAGGGCAAGGAAAGGAAGUAA